AUGUCAAUGGACGCUCAGGAGAGAUAUGCCCGCAUCCAGGCAAAGGAAGAGGAGCUUAAACGUCGUGAGGCCGGCCUUAGAGAGCAGCAACUCGAUAUUGAAGAUGACAGAAAGCCAAAUUGGCCUGUCUGCUGCCCAUUUGUUUAUCACGAUAUUUCCGGAGAAAUCCCAAUUAAGAAUACAGCUGCUUGCAAGGUUGCCUACAUUUUACAAUACGUCUGGGCUUUAACUCUCAUCGUCAAUAUGCUUGCUGCCUUCGGCUCUGGCUCAAUGGCUAAUUAUAGUGUUGCAAAGUACAUCGUAUUCAGCAUCAUCUACACAAUUCUUGGUAUUCCACUCGCUUUCAGAGUCAAUUACAUGAAAUACUACGAACAGUGCAAGAAGGAAGACCUUUCUCUCAGCUGGUUCCUCCUUGAAAUUAUAUUCUUUGGUCUUAACGUUGUUGGCGCUGUUGGUCUUCCAAACUCUGGCCUUUGCGGCGUUCUUUACGCUAUUGAUGCUUUUUCAAAGGGUAAUGGCUAUAUAAAAAUUUUUGGUAUCAUUUCCGCCUGCGCUUGGAUCUUAUCCUCACUCGGCCAGGGCUUCCUCGGCUCAAGAUCCUUCCUUUUGUAUAAGAAUCAAGGAAAGGAUUAA